AUCCUCAUCGCAGGUGCCGGUCCAAUCGGCCUGAUCCUCGCCUACACCCUCGCUCACCGCUACUCCGUCCCAUGCACAAUCAUCGACCGCUACGCCGAACCCACCAAAUGGCCCAAAAUGGACCUAACAAAUUCCCGCACCAUGGAAAUCCUCCGCAUGGUUGACCCCACCCUCGUCGAAGAGUUACGACGAGAAGGCGUGGAUGGGAAAUGGAGGUUCGACGUGUUGUUCGCGACGGGAUUGGGUGAGGAGGGGGAGUGUCUCGCGAAAUGGGAUUUGGAUAGUGCGAAUGAGUGGCGGGAGAGGAUUGGGAGGGAGAAUGAUGGGCGGUGGACGAGGGAGCCGUGGUUGAGGAUUCAGCAGUCGAUUUUGGAGAGGGUGUUGAGAGGACGGUGUCAGCGGCACCCAUUGAUCACAUUCCUGGCUCCUGUCAAUGUAGACUAUACUGUGUUCCACCCUGCGACUGAAGAGCAAGGGGCCUAUUGCAAGACAACCUUGAGCUCCGCUGAUGGCAGUUCAACCAUGACCUCCAUCUAUGUCAUCGCCUCCGACGGCGCUGGCUCGACUCUCCGGUCAACCUCCACCCGUAUCAGAUCGCAUCGCCUACCACCAGCCCCGCCAGUCUCCCUCGUUCACUUUCGCUCCCGCGACCCAACCAUGCUCAAGUACGGCCGCUUCUGGCACAUCUUCCUCACUCACCGCGGAAUCUGCAUCGCACAAGACGAACUUGACACCUACACCGUCCACCUCUUCCACCCACCACCAAACACCAACGCAUCCGAAGAAAUCGGCUCUCUCCCCGCCGAGGAAAUCGUCAGGAGAGUGCUAAAAGCCGACGUUAGAAUCGACGAAAUCCUCGUCCGCAGCGUGUGGAAACCAAAUUUCGCAGUCGCAGACCAUUACUCCGAAGACAACCUCUUUCUCCUCGGCGACGCCGCACACCAAUGGGCCCCCCUCGGCGGGUACGGAUUCAACACGGGCGUCGGGGACGCUUACGAUCUCGCCUGGAAACUUGCUUUCACCAUCCGCGGCCACGCUGGUCCGAGGUUGUUGGAGUCGUAUGAGGGGGAGAGACUACAGGUUGCGAGGAUGUGUUUGGAGAGGAGUUGGAGGCAUAUGGAGGUGCAUUUGAAGGCGUGGGAGAUGGCGGAUCGGGGGGAGAAGGAGGGGAUUGGGGCGUGGUAUACUGCCGAGAAGGGAGAGAAUGAAAAUCUUGGAGUGGAGUAUGGGUGGCGGUAUCGGGACUCGCCUGUUAUCUCGUACUCCAAUGAAGGCGGAGAACAAAAAGAUGGGAAUGAGGACGAAGAUGAGUGGCCAUGGACUCCGGAGGCGGUGAAGCCUAGUACACGUCCCGGAUGUCGUGCACCCCAUGUGUUCAAGAAGGACGGGGAGACAAGCGUACUGGAUGAUCUGGCUACAGGGUUCACCCUUGUUAGAUUUACGUGCGUGGACAUUACACCCCUUACUCGCUCCGCUUCUAGAUCUGCACGCGGUAUUGAUGUCUCCUUACUCUCCCUUGCGGACGAACCGCAUGUGCGACGGGUCUGGGGUAAUGACAUCGUUCUCAUUAGACCAGAUGGAUACGUAGCUUGG